AAAACAAACACAUCAGACUGGUGAAUGGAAAGGAUCACUGCUCUGGAAGAGUGGAGAUUUAUUACAAUGGCACCUGGGGGACAGUCUGUGAUCAUUCCUGGCAUCUAUCAGAUGCCAACGUUGCUUGCAAACAACUGAGAUGUGGACAUGCCAUCAAUGCAUCUGUCUCUGCUCCAUACGGGCUAGGAUCUGGGAAGAUCUGGCUGGAUGAUGUGAAUUGCUCUGGGAAUGAAUCCAAUCUCUGGGUGUGUCCUUUCAGGGAAAGGGGUCAGCACAAUUGUGGAGAUCAUGAAGAUGCUGGAGUUAUCUGCUCAGGAAGUAAACAGAUCAGCCUGGUGAAUGGGGCAGAUCACUGUGCUGGCAGGGUGGAAAUUUAUUACCAAGACACCUGGGGGACAGUCUGUGAUGAUUCCUGGGACCUAUCGGAUGCCAACGUUGUUUGCAAAGAACUGGGAUGUGGAUAUGCCAUCAAUGCACCUGUUUCUGCUCAUUAUGGGCAAGGAUCAGGGGUGAUCUGGCUGGAUGAUGUGAACUGCUCUGGAACUGAAACCAACCUUUGGACAUGUCCUUCCAGGGGAUGGGGUCAGCACAGCUGUGGGCAUCAUGAAGAUGCAGGAGUCCUCUGCUCAGAACACAAACAGAUCAGACUGGUAAAUGGUGCAGAUCAUUGCUCUGGGAGAGUGGAAAUUUAUUACAGUGACAUCUGGGGAACAGUCUGUGAUGAUUCCUGGGAUCUGUUGGACUCCAAUGUCAUUUGCAAACAACUCAGAUGUGGACACGCCAUCAGUGCAACUGUCUCUGCUCAUUAUGGGGAAGGAGCUGGGCAGAUCUGGCUGGCCAAUAUGAACUGCUCUGGAACUGAAUCCAGUUUGUGGACCUGUCCUUCCAGAGGAUGGGGCCAGCAUAAUUGUGCACACUCCAACGAUGCAGGAGUUAUCUGCUCAGGUAGGUUGUGCAAGGGCUCUAUUUUAACCCAAACAACAGAGUAUUGAUAGAGGUGAAUUUAACUUACAGAAUUUUAUUUAAAUAAAUAACAUA